AUGCAUCCUCUAACUUUCAGCGUCGAGCUAGAAGCCGUAUACUUCUUCAGCCUCCGCCCGGUCGGCAUCUACAAUGAUCCACGCCUAGCCCCUGUAGUUGACAUGUCGCCCCAAGGGAACCCGGGUUUUACCAUGCACAGUUACAACAACUUGGAUGGUAUGAAAGCUGAGAUAAUACGCCGCGUAUCGUAUGCAAUCAAAAACUGUCUUUCCGAACUCCCUCAAUCUUACCGUGGCGAGGUUGUCUCCGUAGAAGGUGAUCCCGUAUUAAGUCAGUACCAAGAAUGGAAGAUCAAAUCCGGCAAGGCCACCGUAAAGAAAGACUCUAGACCCCGGCCAGAAUACGAGGGCCUUUGGGAUGUCGACCUAGAGGUCCAGUCACCGCUGAUGUAUGCCGCCGAAGCCAGCUUCAAAGAAGUCGAGGCUGUCACCAACAUGCUACGUGCUACUUUUCGAGCUGCGGUCCCGCCAUUCUGUGGAAUGCGCGUACUCGUCGGCGCAGGAUCCAGUUCGGUCCCCUUACCAACUUUUGUAAAAAUGGCUGCCGUUUGCUGGGCCAGUAACCCAAUCCUACAGCAAAUACAUCCUAUUUCGUGCCACUACAAUAGACGGCGCAAAGAUCCGCGCGAAACGGCUCAACUCGAUCAAGGAGAAAAGGCAGAACAAACAGAAGCUAAGCCCGUUGACAAGCUAGACAUCCCUAUACAAGAGUAUAUCAAUAAAGCGCGACCAAAAAGACUCUUGACCGAGUUCAAACGCACGUUACCGCGUAACAUGCUUAACAUCGUCCUUUCUCUGGAACGAACUAUACCCUUCAAUACAUACGAAGUUCACCGUUCCGGCCAGCCAUUGGAGCCUAUUACCCAUCCUGAUAUCCUACAAGGGGCCAUACAACUCUUCAGCAGUCGCAGCCACGGCGCAGUCGCGAACCUAAUAAAUACUAACUCGCUUGGCGCAUACAACUUCAACUGCUAUAGCGACGAAAAUGUAGAAGAGAAAAAUACCAAGGCAACAGUUGAAUUCUGCAUGGCAGCCGGUUCGCUAGAUGGCCGCUGGGUAUCAACGCACGCCCGAAUUUGUACUGGCAUCGUACAAUUCGCCGCCACCGCCCCGGAGGAGAAUGUGUGGCGGAUGAUUUAUGAGUGCCACGGCGCGGAGAUCGACAAGGCUAAGUACGACGUUAUCGAUCUCCUAUUGGAUCUCGGCUUGGCAAAGGAGGCUGAAACCGUGCAGUACAGGUUCGUAGUAGGCAGCUAUUUUGGGGAGACGCUCCAACCAUUCUUGACGAGUAAGGCUAUAACUUACGAAGACGAUGUUGCGGAUGUAAACGAUGAAACAGACCAAGCCAUGCGUUCGGGGCGGGCGCAUUGA